AUGGCGCUGAGCCGAUUUAUCAUUGAGCUGAGAAUUAACCUUUCUCCCGAAGCUCGCGUGUAUACUGAUGCUUCAAGCAAAGAUUUUCAGCUUGCGUUGCUGCGCUGGUCUGAUGUUGACGUCAAGGUUCCUGGAGCUAUCAUACAAGUUGCGAACGAGCUUGAUGCAGUCACGACGGCAAGUUCAACGCCCUUCGCUGAGAAAGUCCUCUUGUGGUCCACAAUUGGUACCGAUGGAUUCGUUCUCGAUUUCACCAUCUUCAAAUCCAUUCAAGUCAACUCCACUGAACAUCAAGUCGCUGUGGCUGGUGGCGUGUUGAUGAAAGAGCUAUCCACAGUUCUUGCGGAUGCAGGGGAGUGUGCAGCUGUCGGAAACGCAAAUACUAUAGGUGUGAUUCCGUACUGUUUAGGAGGAGGCCUUGGUGUCGCUACAGGCCUCAUGGGUCUAGCUUGCGACAAUAUGUUGUCCGCAAAGGUAAUUCUCGCCGAUGGUCGGCUCGUCUACGUCGACAAUGUGCACGAACCCGAUUUGUUUUGGGCCAUCAAAGGCGCCGGUUUCUACUUCGGGGCUGUCAUCGAGAUCACGUUAAGAACAUACCCUCUGACCAUCUUCGGUACCCACGAUGGGCGGCACUGGAUCGGGAACUUCAUGUAUCCGCUCGAACGUGCCGCGGAAGUGUUCGAAGUGAUAGAAACACUUGUGAACACUCCGAAAAGCCGUACAGCAUGUCUUCUAAUGAUCAUAGCACCUCCGCCGUACUUCCAGCCUACGAUCGCCGUUGUACCUCACUACUUCGGCGAUCUUACAGAGGGCCCAAAAAUAUUUCAGUGUUUGACAGACCUCGGACCGUCCUUUUUCAGCGAGACGACACCGCUUGUCCCGAACCUCAGCGACCACCUUGACUUUGCAUGCGGCAAAGGAGGCUUCAGACGAUUCACUCUUGCCGGCUUACAGGAGUUGAAAGCUGCAAAUAUUCUGAAACUGGCGGAUCUGUUCCAACAGCUGCUUGAUUCCUGUCCGGAUGCUGCGUCUUCAGGGUACUUCAUCGAGUGGCACUGCUUACCACCACCUGACAUCCCAACGAAUUCCGCGUUCAGCCAUCAUGAUGUUCGCAUCUGGAUUCAUUGCCUUUCUUGGUGUCAAAGACAAGAAAAUUGGGAUAAAGUCUUCGGAUUCGAACAGCGCGCGAUCGACACCAUGCGCUUUGGUACGAAACCUGAAACUCAUGUCGACUUACCACAUGGCACCCGCACUGGUCCUAUAGAGCAACGUUUCAAAGGUCAGGGGAGACUCACUAAGCUACGAGCCCUCAAGAAGGAAUUCGACCCUCAAGGGGCAUUCACCAAAGAGUUCCUAUGA